AUGGCUUAUAUUGGAGUUCUACGAUCGGGGGUUUCUCUAUGUGAAAAUAUUUUGGUUAGUUCUUCCUCAAGGUUAAAAGUAUAUAGAACUGAAAAUGCUCUCAGGAGUUAUACAGCAUUUGCAGGUGAUUCAACCAUGACUUAUCAGUUUUAUAAGUCAUGUUCAACUUCAAGUCUCACUGAUCUUGUAAGACUUCCAUUACUCAAGAGCAGUUGUAUGAUAAGCUUGAGACCAUUUACCACAACUGUAGUAACUUGUAAGAAGAAGAAAAGUGCCAAAGAAAAAAGACAACCUGUUGAUGUAGUUGAGGAGGAUAUUGACGAUCGCUUCUUGGAUGACCCAACAUUUGAAUCUUUAAGACAUGACUCAAAAAUUUUAGGAUUUAUCGGAUCUCACUCGGCUGCCAUCAGAGAAUUAGGUGUAGUAGUCCUGCAGCCGUGGGUGAAGUGGGGGCCUCAAAAGAAGGUGACUACUUCAGGACAGUUAAUGUUAGAUGAAGCAGUAGCUCUCAUCUCCACGUUGCCAGGUGUCCGUGUUGUGGCAAAGGAGGUCGUACCAGUAAAAAGUUUAGAUGGAAGAACAAUCUUUGGAUCAGGAACUUUGGAGCGGCUCGCCUCCCAGAUACGCUCCACGAGUACCACUUCCUGUGUCUUCAUUAGCAUUGAUAUGAUGAAGAAAUUCCAGAUGAUGGAACUCGAAGAAAUGUUUGGCGUAAAGGUUCUCGAUCGGUAUUCUGUAGUCUUGGGUAUAUUUCGUCAUCAUGCCAGCACCAGAGAGGCCAAACUUCAGGUGGCUUUAGCAGAAUUACCAUACAUCAGGAAGAGAGUGUCAGGAGAUACACAACGCACAAUGGUGAUGGAGAGAGAAAAGCGACUGAAGGCAGCUCUCACCAAGUUAGCUGGGAUCAGAGCACAAGUCAGGAGAGGCCGAGAGAGGUCUAACCUACCAACAGUGGCAGUUGUUGGCUACACUAAUGCUGGUAAAACUUCUUUAAUCCGAUCCAUCACCGGUGACAAGCGAGCCGAGGGGAAAGAUCAGCUGUUUGCCACCCUGGAUGUCACAGCUCACGGAGGCAGACUACCGUGUGGUGUGGAGGUGGCCUUCAUCGACACUGUUGGCUUUAUCCAGGACAUUCCAACUGACUUGGUAGCUUCUUUUAAGGCAACACUUGAAGAUGCUGUUUAUGCUGAUGUUAUUGUCCAUAUCCGUGAUGCAAGUCACCCAGACUAUGAAUCACAAGGGCCCAUCGUCGUCCAAACACUAUCCUCUCUGCCUCUCCCAGAGACCACCCCCAUUAUCACUGUAGCAAACAAAAUUGACUUAGGAAUGGCAAAACCUGAAGAUGCAUUUAAAGAUGUUCAUUUGGUGUCUGCUGCUACUGGCCAAGGGUUGGAGGAGCUUAUGGCAUCUAUAGAAACUGAAGUUUUAAGAGUCACAGGACGACGUACUUGGAAAUUUUCUCUGCCAACAGGAUCAGACCAAAUACAAUGGCUGAGGAGAGCCACUGGUCUGGCCCAAGAGGAGAUAGACCAAGGUGACCCACAGGUAACCCACGUCAUCGCUGUCCUCACUGAUCAAGAACUUGCUGCAUAUCAGAGAAAUUUCAGAAGUUAAAUCAAAGUGAAGUGUUCUGCAAUAUCCUGGGAGUGAGAUUUUUUAAUGUUUUCUUCUCUACAGUUGUAUAUUUUGAAUUUUAUGAGUACUGUACUUAAGUAAAUGAAAACACGAAAGGAAUAAAUAAUUAAUACAUGUGAUGUAAAUGAGAAUAUUUAUAAAUAUUUAGUAAACUUUA